AUGGCAGGCAGACGGCUCGUUGAUGCCGCCAAACUCUUCAAUGCCUCGAAAUCUGUCGCACAGAAGCACAUCGCGCUUCGAUCGAGCCAGUGGGAUGCCUACAACAAAACCUCGUCGUUAGCGAAAGCCGUCAAGAGUCAGACGGACCGCGUCACCCUCACAGCAGCGGCUGCCAUCGCCCUCUCACAACGCUUCAGCGAAGAAGCUCCCGCCUACGCGAGAGCCGCAGCGGACCGGACGACGAAUACACAAUGGACACAACAGCCUGACAUACCUAGAAAAGGAACAGUGGAGAAGGAGGCACCAGUAGAGGGUGUAAGAGAAAGCGUAGAGCAAGACCACCACUACGAUCGAUCCGCUCAGAACAGUGCCCAGGAACCUCCACCCACCGACGAGCUGGAGGUUGAGCAGAAGAAGGCUCCCAGAUCACCACUUCCGGACGGGACAAUACCAAGCCAGGGCUUGACCCUCGAACAGGAGGAGAAGGGUCAGGAUACAUUCUCGGAGAGGCCGGUACACGAAGCGCCGAAGGAGCCUCUGGCUGAGGACCAGGGUGAAUCGGUCCGUCACAAAGACGAAGGUAUCAAACCGGUAGAGUCCACAGAGACUACGAUACCAUUACCCGGAAAUCCUAGAGGUGCUUCGACUCAAGCCGCUGAAACUAUCCCUGCACAUGCGAACGACCCGCAACAAACUCCCAUAUCACCACAAACCGAGAAGCUUCAGAAAGGUCACGACAGAGACGUCUUCUACACGAGAUCGGUCGAAUCGCAACCGACAACUGCCUCACAUCCUCAAACACAGAUACCAAAGACUUCAGGAACGAGACAGCAAAGUGAUGAACAUGUAGAGGACAAGCAAAUAAAUCAGGAUGUGUUCUAUAAUCCUCCGAAGCCUGGGCAGGGACAGGUGGACGAUGUACCAGAGGGUAUCAACACAGACAUCUUCCACUCAAGAAAGGUCGCAAGGAUGUUAGGAAGUGACCCCUUCUCGAGGAAGGAAUUUGCGGAACGAAAGAGCGGUGGUAGACACCCGCUCGACGACAGGCCCAUACCAAAGACCAGCGGCAGGCAUCCACUUGACGAUAGGCCUGUAGCGCCAGUGCAGCAGCAAAGUCAGCCUCCAACGCAAGGGCUUCAGUCGACAACCACCUCGAAGGAGAUGGAAGACCUGGCAUCUCAAUUGGCUCAGGACGUGCAGUCAAACGCGGCUGCAUCUGAGUCACCCAAUGAGGUAGUCACACAACCAGAGAAGGCCUCUUAUGCCCUGCGAGAAUCGAGAGUCCCGGCAUCGCGGUUCGGUCGCAUAUGGCAGUAUGCUGGUCUAGGCACAAGCAUGGCGCUCGGAGCUGUUGGUGAAGGUUUCCGACGAGCGACCGGCGGCGCUGCAUCAGCAAAUGGGUCGUUAAUGCUCAGUCCUGGCAAUAUGGAAAUACUAGUCGCAAAGCUCUCGCGCAUGCGAGGUGCCGCCCUCAAACUGGGGCAGAUGAUCAGUUUCCAAGACAUCAAGAUGCUACCGCCUGAGAUCCACGACGUACUGCAGCGAGUGCAGGAUAGCGCAGACUACAUGCCGGCCUCACAACGGAACAAAGUUCUGAGCAGCAACCUUGGGGAAAACUGGCGUGACCUUUUCGAAUCCAUCGAAGAUGUGCCUAUCGCAGCCGCUUCGAUUGGGCAGGUACACAAAGCAGUACUCAAGUCCAACGGCCAGGCAGUUGCUGUCAAGAUUCAGUACCCUGGCGUUGCCAACUCCAUCGACUCUGACCUUAGCAAUCUAUCCCUCCUGCUGACAGCAUCUCGUCUUCUACCAAAGGGUCUAUACCUAGACAAGACCAUUGCCAACGCUCGUACAGAACUAGGUUGGGAGUGCGACUACACACGCGAGGCUGAAUGCCAAACUCGUUUCCGCGACCUCCUCCAAGAUGACACAGACGUCUUCACUGUUCCCAAGGUUUUCCCCGAAGCCUGUGGUCCUACCGUGCUGACCGCAGAGCUGAUGCGCGGCGUCGGCGUCACUAAGCUCAAAACUCUUACUCAAGAGCAACGCGACUGGAUCGGCACCCAAAUCCUACGUCUCUGUCUACGUGAGAUUGUAGAGUUCAAGUUCAUGCAGACAGAUCCAAACUGGACAAACUUCCUCUACAACGCUUCCGCCCAGAAAAUCGAGCUAUUAGAUUUCGGCGCUUCACGAGACUACCCAGACAAAUUUGUUGAGCCCUACAUUAAAGUCCUCAUCGCAGCCUCUAAAGGCGACCGCGACUCCAUCCGUGACCUCUCCCUCGAACUCGGUUACCUUACCGGUAGCGAGAGCCCCGCUAUGCUCGACGCUCAUAUCCAGAGUGUUCUCACGCUUGCUGAGCCGUUCAGUGGCAGUGGACCUGAGAUAUACGAUUUCAGAGAUCAAACUAUUACGGACAGAGUGCGUGGUUUGAUUCCAGUCAUGGUCAAGGAAAGGCUUGCGCCGCCGCCAGAAGAGACAUAUUCGUUGCAUCGAAAACUUUCGGGCGCGUUCUUACUUUGUGCGAGACUGGGGUCGAGGGUUCCGUGUAAGGAGUUGUUUAGUAAGGCAGUGGAGACGUAUGAGGGGAAGGCUGUGUUGAGGUAG